AUGCAGCGCGCGCAGGCCGGUGGUAACAACUUCAUGCAGGGCUUCACGCUGCCGGGCGAGUGCGACAAGGCUGCCAAGAUUCUCAAGAGCUUCCUCGCUGACCCAUCGAACCCCGAGUCGGCGCUAAACUCUGUUCCGAAGGAGGUUCUUCUCAGAUGCAAGGGCCUCGCCGUUUUCACAAUCCUCAAGGCCGGCUUUGUCUUCAGUGGCAAAGCCGGUUCCGGUAUCGUCAUUGCCCGCCUCCCCGAUGGCAGCUGGAGUGCGCCGAGCUGCAUUGCCACCGCAGGCGUCGGAUGGGGUCUGCAGGUCGGUGCGGACCUGACUGAGGUCGUCAUGGUUCUCAACUCGGAAGAGGCAGUCAAGGCCUUCUCUCGUGGCGGCAAUGUCACCAUCGGUGGUAGCGUCUCAGCGGCUGCGGGCCCAAUCGGCACUGGUGGCCAGAUCAACGCAUCUCUGGUAAACCCGGCUCCCAUUUUCAGCUACUCGCGUUCCAAGGGCUUGUUUGCCGGGCUCUCACUUGACGGCACGAUCCUCGUCGAGAGGUACGAUGCCAACCACAAGUUCUAUGGCAGCAAUGUGUCGACCACAGACAUCCUGACUGGCCGCGUUCCGGCUCCCGAGAUUGCCUCGCCAAUGUACGACGUAAUUGAAGCCGCCGAGGGCCUCGACGAGAGUGGCCUGCCGAGCGAAGGUUACGUCCCAAGUAGUCACCCCGCACCAGCAGCUGGUGCGCCGGGCACGGGCGUCGCCCCUGGUGCUUCCGCCGACAAGCCCGUCUUUGAUGCGAGCGCCCACCAUUAG